UCGCUAGUUGAUGUCAGAGAAACGAACUCGAAGCUCGAGCUACCUGCUGGAAUACCGAAGAACCGAUCCGCGGAACUGGCGCGAGCGACCAAAUCCACGAACGACAUGCGGAGGCACUUUAAGAAAGCGCUUGCGAAUAACUUAAAAUAAUUAACUUUGUAAGGAAUUAUUAAUAUUACGCAUAAAACGCACCGGUUCCGUUUCACGUCGCAGUUUGUGUGUUGCAGCAAUGCGUUGGAGUUUGUGGUCUUGUCGACUCCAACAGAUGCUCGCCUUUGAACAACAGCAGAGUUGUUUAUGAACUGGGGAAGAUUUGAAGUCAGGCUCAGCCAGAGGGGGAGAGGAGGCGAGGGGAGGGAGGAGAGAGGCGGGGAGGAGAGGAGAGGAGAGGGGCGCCCAGAAAACGCCCUGCUGCUCAAUCCUCUCAAAAUUAAAAGUUUAUCGCGCCAUUGACGGUAGGCUUGCAUUAAAGGAUGGGAAGUCUGAAUCAGCUCAGUUGUUUAGAGUAACCAGUUCAUAGAUUGUUUUGAGAGGCAAAGUUUGGAAAACCUCAGUUGUUCCCAUUGGAUUAUUUUUUUUCGCUUUAUUCUGGACAAGCCCGGGGUACUUUUUGGAGGGCGGCGAGUCGGAGGCUGUCUAGGCCCGCUGCUCGACAACUUGAAAGAAGAUCUUGUAUCUUUAAUGUGAACCAGAAAAGUUGGGCAGAUCGCUCUUCGUUGCUCAGACUGGCGCGAGGACAGGGCAAAAAUGUCGCUAGGAGCGGAGAGAAGGAUGGAAAACCGGCUGAGACAACUGGAAGCCAUGCUCAAAGAGCCGCGGUCCGCGAUCAACGUGGAGAGUUUGCUGGAUUCCAUGAAUGCCUUGGUUUUAGAUUUGGACUUUCCGGCCUUGCGUAAAAAUAAGAACAUCGAGACCUUCUUGAACAGAUAUGAGAAGGUUAUGGGCCAAAUAAGGGAGCUCCAGAUGAAGCCAGAUGAUUUUGACCGAGUGAAGGUGAUCGGUAGAGGAGCAUUCGGAGAAGUCCAGCUGGUUAGGCAUAAGGCCUCUCAGAAGGUGUAUGCAAUGAAGGUGCUCAGCAAGUUUGAAAUGAUCAAGCGUUCAGAUUCUGCCUUCUUUUGGGAGGAACGUGACAUCAUGGCGUUUGCUGACAGCCCAUGGGUCGUGCAGCUGUGCUGUGCGUUCCAGGAUGACCGUUCUCUCUACAUGGUAAUGGAAUAUAUGCCAGGAGGAGAUCUUGUCAAUCUCACCAGUACAUAUGACGUUCCAGAGAAGUGGGCAAAGUUUUACACUGCUGAGGUUGUGUUGGCUCUGGACGCCAUUCACUCCAUGGGCUUUAUUCACCGAGACGUCAAACCGGACAACAUGCUGCUGGACCGCUACGGACACCUCAAACUUGCUGACUUUGGGACAUGCAUGAAAAUGGAUGGGACGGGGAUGGUUCAUUGUGACACUGCGGUUGGAACCCCUGAUUACAUCUCGCCGGAGGUUCUCAAGUCUCAGGGAGGGGACGGAUACUAUGGACGCGAGUGUGACUGGUGGUCGGUGGGAGUAUUUAUCUACGAGAUGCUGGUUGGUGAUACGCCGUUUUACGCCGAUUCUCUGGUGGGGACCUACAGUAAGAUUAUGGACCACAAGAACUCUCUUAACUUUCCUGAUGACGUUGAGAUCUCUCAAGAAGCCAAAAACAUCAUCUGUGCCUUCCUAAUAGACAGGGAGGUUCGCCUGGGUCGAAAUGGCAUAGAAGAAAUUAAAAGACAUCCUUUCUUUAAAAAUGACCAGUGGACCUUCAGCACCAUUAGAGAGACUGCAGCACCUGUGGUUCCAGAGCUGAGCAGUGAUAUAGACACCAGUAAUUUCGAUGAGAUAGAGGAAGAUAAAGGAGAAGUAGAGACCUUUCCCACAUCCAAAGCCUUUGUUGGCAAUCAGCUGCCAUUUGUGGGGUUCACCUACUUUAAAGAAGACCAGUUGUUGAAUGCUGUUAACAGUUCAGCAAUGAAAAAAGAUCACCCAGCAUCCAAGACAGAGGACAAUUUAGCACUCCAGAAGAAACUUCACUCUCUAGAAGAGCAGCUCAACAAUGAAAUGCAGGCCAAAGAUGAGCUGGAGCAAAAAUACAGAAGCAACUGUAGCCGCCUAGAGAAGAUCACCAAAGAGCUUGAUGAAGAAAUAAAUAGCAGAAAAGGAUUGGAGACGACUCUGAGACAGUUGGAGAGAGAGAAAGCUCUCCUACAGCACAAGAGCGUGGAGAGUCACCGCAGGGCAGAGAGUGAAGCUGACCGCAAACGCUGCUUGGAAAACGAAGUGAACAGUCUGAGGGAUCAGCUGGAUGAAAUGAAGAAGAAAAACCAGAACUCGCACAUCUCCAAUGAGAAGAACAUCCACCUGCAGAAACAGCUGGAUGAGGCAAAUGCGUUACUGCGGGCAGAAUCUGAUGCUGCUGCGCGGCUGCGUAAAACUCAUACCGAGAGCUCAAAACAGCUGCAGCAGCUGGAGGCUCACGUGAGAGAACUUCAGGACAAAUGCUGCAUGCUAGAGAACAGCAAACUCACGCUAGAGAGGGAUAACAUCAGCCUGCAGGCCGCGCUGGACACAGAGAAACGAGAGCAAACCCAGGGCUCUGAGACCAUCUCUGAUCUACAGGCACGCAUCUCUGGUUUGGAGGAGGAAGUGAAACAGGUGAGACAGGCACUAUCUAAAGCUGAGACGGAGAAGAGGCAACUUCAGGAGAAGCUUACAGACCUGGAAAAGGAGAAGAGCAAUAACCAGAUUGACAUGACCUAUAAGCUGAAGAUGUUGCAGCAGGGUUUGGAGCAGGAGGAGGCGGCACACAAGGCCACAAAAGCUCGACUUGCUGACAAGAACAAAAUCAGCGAGUCCAUCCAAGGAGCGAAAUCUGAAGCUGUGAAGGAGCUGGAGCAGAAGCUGCAGGAGGAGCGUUUGUCUAAACUGCGUGUGGAGAACAGGAUGUUAGAACUGGAGAAGAAGAACUCCAUGCUUGACUGCGACUAUAAACAGUCACUGCAGAAACUAGAGGAACUGCGACGACACAAGGAGAGACUCACAGAAGAGGUGAAGAAUCUGAGUCUGAAGAUCGAGCAAGAGGUUCAGAAACGCACUUUGACUCAGAAUGACCUGAAGGUUCAGAACCAGCAGCUUAGCACCCUUCGAACAUCAGAGAAACAGCUCAAACAGGAGAUAAACCACCUGUUGGAAAUCAAACGUAGCCUGGAAAAACAAAAUAUGGAACUGCGCAAGGAGCGUCAGGAUUCUGACGGACAGAUGAAGGAACUGCAGGAUCAGUUGGAGGCAGAGCAGUAUUUUUCUACGCUGUACAAGACACAGGUGCGGGAGCUGAAGGAAGAGUGUGAGGAGAAAAAUAAACUCUAUAAAGACAUGCAACAGAACCUACAGGAGCUUCAGGAGGAAAGGGAUUCUCUUGCGGCCCAGUUGGAGAUCACACUAACGAAAGCUGACUCAGAGCAGCUGGCGCGCUCCAUUGCGGAGGAGCAGUAUUCUGACCUGGAGAAGGAGAAGAUCAUGAAGGAGCUGGAGAUCAAAGAGAUGAUGGCCAGACACAGACAGGAGCUCGCUGAAAAAGACACCACCAUCACCUCAUUAGAGGAAGCUAAUCGCACAUUGACGAAUGAUGUAGCAAACCUGGCCAAUGAGAAGGAAGAACUCAACAACAAGCUUAAGGAAACACAGGACUACCUGCAGAAUCUCAAGAAUGAAGAGCAGUCCAUCACUCAAGUGAAACUUGCCCUUGAGAAACAGCUUCAGUCAGAGAGAACUCUCAAAACACAGGCGGUGAACAAGCUGGCAGAGAUCAUGAACAGAAAGGAGGUCAGAGGUGGUGGAAGUCGCCGUGGAAAUGAUACAGACGUGAGGAGGAAGGAGAAAGAAAACAGGAAGUUGCAGCUGGAGCUGCGUUCCGAGAAGGAGAAGCUCAACAGCACUAUCAUCAAAUACCAGAGAGAAAUCAAUGACAUGCAAGCGCAACUGGCAGACGAGUCUCAGGUGCGUAUCGAGCUGCAGAUGGCUCUGGACAGUAAAGACAGUGAUAUUGAGCAGCUGCGCAGCCUGUUGAACUCUCUUAACAUCCAGUCACUCGACUCUGCCAGUAUGAGCAGCGGCCCAGACAUGGACACUGACGAGUCACUAUCAGAAUCAAGACUGGAGGGUUGGCUGUCUUUACCAGUGAGGAACAACACCAAACGCUUCGGGUGGGAAAGGAAGUAUGUUGUGGUGAGCAGCAAGAAGAUUCUUUUCUACAACAGCGAGCAGGACAAAGAGCAUUCUAAUCCUUACAUGGUUUUGGACAUAGAUAAACUUUUCCAUGUACGUUCGGUAACCCAGACAGACGUCUAUCGCGCUGACGCCAAAGAGAUCCCCAGAAUAUUCCAGAUCUUGUACGCUAAUGAGGGUGAGAGCAAGAAAGAGCAAGAACUGGAACCUCUUCCUGGAGACAAGUCCAGCUACAUUUGCCAUAAGGGUCAUGAGUUCAUUCCCACCCUGUACCACUUCCCCACUAACUGUGAAGCCUGUACCAAACCCCUGUGGAACAUGUUCAAACCACCUCCAGCUCUCGAAUGCAGACGAUGCCACAUCAAGUGCCACAAAGACCACAUGGACAAGAAAGAGGAAGUCAUCGCUCCCUGCAGAGUGAACUACGACGUGUCUACGGCUAAAAAUCUGCUGCUGUUGGCAUUGUCUCAGGAAGACCAGCAGAAAUGGGUUAGUCGGCUCAUGAAGAAGGUCCCUAAAAAACCUCCAGCACCAGAAGCCUCUCACCGCUCCUCUCCCAGAGUUCCUGUUAAACUACCAAGCAGUCAAUCCAUGAGGAGACCCAGCCGACAAAUACCCUCCAGCAAACCCAGUUAACCCUAUAUUGGGAUUCUGGUGCUGCUACAUGGUGAUUUGGGGUUCUUCCUGUCACACCAACAAAAGACCUUUGUCGUAACUUUUUGCACAUUUUGGCAAAUCCAAAAAAAGUGAGAGUGCACAAAUAUUGAUGAAGGCUUUGCUGUCGUGAUAUGGCUUUUAUUCUCUGGGCAUACGGUUGCUUCGACUUCAAGAGCACAACAGAUCUACACAGAACUGAAGGGUCCGCGUCACACCAAACUUCUUACUCAUUUGAGGCCAGAUUUGACUUGAACACUAAGACUGAACCGGCCAGAGAAUGUGGACGACAGCUGGGUCUGACCAUUGACAGUAGUGCAACACACCACAUAAACGGCUAGAAAACACCACUACAUAUGUUUCUCAUUCCUUCAUAAAUGCAAUGAAACUGAAGCGUUUCUUGUAGUGUUUUUACCAUUGUUUACUCCACUGUGUCAUCAAAGCUUGAUUAAACCUUCUCUGAUCAUGAAUGCAUCCCAUAAUGCUCUCCUGGACACCUGUGCUGCUCACUCCUUAGAGUCGAAUGUAAUCUGAGGAGGAACCUUAAUUAACGGGACAUGAUGGUAUGAUUAACAGAGAUCAGCGUCUAGAUGUGAGCUCUGCAUGUGGCAGGAGUUUCUAGAAUGUUUCCAGCAGUCAGUUUUUGGUCGGUCAUCUUAUAAAUUUGAUUAUCAGCUGUUAAAAGUUGAAAUUUUGGGUCUCAUGCUACGACUUGCGCCAAAAACUGAUUCAUUUUGCAAGCACAUAACUGAAAUGUUCAUAAGACGGUGUCUGAAUGUCUGAAAACCACAUUUAAAUUCACUAAGUAUUUUGUAGUUUUUUUUUUAUUUUUUUAUUUUGUGAUUUGAAGUGGUCAUUGUUUUUUUUUGUGUGUAUCUUCACCCUACCAAACAGUGUAUCUCUGGGUGUGCUGUGAAUGCAUAUCUGUGUUCUUUUACACGUUAUAUAUAUAAAUAUAUGAAUAUACAGCGUAUAUUUGACCUGCCAUCUUACCAGUUGGUUUGCUAUUUAUACAGGUCUGGGCACUUUUUUUAUUUUAAAGCGUUGCCUCCAGAUUUGCAUGUUUUAUGUUGAUGUACUGUUUGACCAUAAAAUGAAAAGCAUAUGUAGCCGUGUUGUUUGGAAACCCUGUAUAACAUUUGCUUAUUUUUGUAAACAAAAGUAGUGAGUUAAAUAGGUAUAUAGCUGUGAAUGUAGUAAAAGGAAGUAAAGUUUUAAUAUAAACAAUGUGGUCGUACUUUUCUGUCCGCUUUAAACACAGGAAUAACAUACAUUCUCAAUACACAUAUGAUAGUUAUUGCACUCAAAUAACACUCGAUUAAUUGGGUGUUCAGUUGAUUACCAUAAAAGAAUAUUUCUGAAAAUUAAAUGUAUAGAACAUGAUCAUUUUUUUUUUUAAUUUAUUUUUUUUAUUAUACUAUUGAGUUCUGCAAUUAAACAAAUCCCCACAUUUUCACACAAAAGUAAUGUUUAUUGAUUUAUAAAAUACAAAAGAACAUAUAUUAAAGUACUCACAAAAGAAACAUUUGUUGUGCUUUAGACGUAAUAGUUAUUGAAAUCAUUUUCUAAGUAAUAAUCUUUUUGUACUAGAACACUGGCGACUUCAAAAGAGUCCUAUGGUUUAUUGGUUUUGCAUUAAUAAUUACCAUUGGUUCAUUAUAUCGCCAGAUAAUACAGAUCAAUAUAGAUGAAGCUCAAUAUAAAUAUAGUGCACAUUUCAGUGUAUGUAAACCUCACCCCUUUAUGAACUACAGUAGCAACCUGAUAUCAUUAAUCAAUUAAAGUUCUUAAGCUUGAAAAUUGCUCAAAAAAUAUUUUCCUUUCUGAGAAAAAAAAGACUUACUAAACUUCUUCCAGUAUAACAACUAUAAACAGUAUAUCUGAACACGUACAAAUGCAGGGAGGUACAGGCAAGAAAACUACAAAGAAUUAUAAAAAAAAGUGUUGGAAUGAGUGAAGGAUAGGAAUGUUUUUACUGUUUCAUAACACUAUUUGGUUAGACUUCUGAUUUAUACUAAUAUUAAGUAUAAUUCAUCAUUUGUGAGUCUACAACAUUCAUAUCUGUUUUCCUUCACUGGAAUAUGAGAUUUAAAGCAAUUAUACUGGAGAAAAAAAAAAAAAACUGUCCCACAUCCCGAAACAUAAUAGAUUUGCAUGUUCUGGAGAAAAUACCAGUGCUUGCAAGGAAGCGAAAUAAAAGUGUGGAAAAUUUUAACUUUAAGCUGACCAUAAGUAUCAAAGUGUAAAGCCGGCAAGAAAGACAAGACCAAUUACAUUUCAGUAUGCAAAUAGAUUAAUUGAAACAAGACCAAUUGCAAUUCAAAAUGCAAAUAAUAUAAUGUCGUCACUGUUGCAUUUUGAAUUAAACAUAUUAUAUAUAUAUAAAGCACACCUAAGAUUAAAACUUUCAACAAAAAUGUGGCUUGCAAAUUUUUGGUUGUACACACUUACCCAAAGUCAGUAAACCUUAAAUCUUUUAAACUGCAAUAUAGAAAGUGUUGCAUCCAAAUAGCACCUGACCUGAAUCUAGUUUAGUUCUUCUUCUUCUUC